AGGCUGCGAGGUGGAGAGCAGCGGUGGGGGUCUUCGGCGCUUACUGCUGCGGCUUUGGCACGGCAGCAGCUCUCCAGCGGAGUUGGCUGAGCUGCGGCAAGUGCUUCAAGGCUUUGACAGGUCCGGAGAACCGCUGGAUGGACCUCUGCUGGGAAUGGCGGCAGCACAAUGUGCUCGACUGGGCGAUGGGAAACCUUUGAAUCUGAUCUGCACCUUUGCAGCCUCACGUUUAGAAGUGUGUGGCGCACGUGCAGUGGUUGAGAUGGCACAGGCGGCGUUGACGUUGGGCUGCAUGGAACCGUUGUUUCUGCGGGCCACGAUGACCUUCUUCGCUUCCGUGCCCAGCUUCGCGAGCAGUCGUGAUGUGGCAGCUGCAGCCAAGGUGCUGCACCAGAGCUUUCGAGAGCCUGUGGUGUUGGACCGCGAAGGCGCUCUUCGCGGCUUGGCCGAGGCAGCCAGACCUUUCUUCGAAGGACCCAGCAAUGCCACCUCGGCAAUCGUCCGAGAUGCUGUGGAGUUUAUGCACGCGAGUGCGCAAGCUGCAGGAAGCCAAGAUCUUUUGCUCAAUGGACCAGAAGUGGAGACCGUCGAAGGCUCUUUUUCCAUCGUGCUGCACUUCCUCCGCCGGAAUUUGCACUUGGCUUCGGCCAAAGACUCCUCGAUGGUGGCUGGCACCUUGGCGACCCUCUGGGAGGUCUUGCCGCAGAUCAGAGAGACCUUACUUUGGCCUUGUCUUGAGGACGUGGCUCAAAGUGCACGCUUCAAAAGCGACAACUUUUCCUGCCAGGACUUGGCCUCGGUGGCUCAAGCCUUUGCGAAGCUCGAACGGCCCAAUGACGUCUUCGCGGACG